AGCCCCACGAUCCAAAUUCGUAAUUCCAUUCUCGUGUCACCACCGCCAGCCACCAGCCGACGAGUUCCCACCACCGCCCACGUCCGCUCCCCUCCCGAAAAUCGAUCGAUUCCAGCGGCGUUUACUCCGCCGUGAUGAUCCGCCGUGGCUCCGCCGAUGGCUGCGGCGGAGGGCUGAGGCGCUCCCGCUGAUGGUGCACGGAGCACCGCCGUCCUCGAGGAAAGAUGCUGGCGAUUGGUGCGGUGCAGCUGCUCAUUUCGGACGGUAUUGAUCCCGGGUUUCUCCGUCGCCAUGUCAAGAUAUUUGUUUUUCCAGAAUAUAAAGAGGGUUUCUCGUCCCCUGCUUCCGUACCUGAAGACCAGUUAUUCAGGACAGAUUAAGCUUGCAACCUACUGUAAGGUUGGUCAUCAACCUUACUCCCACCACUUUAACUGUCAUUAUAAACUCCCUUUGAGAGAAUAUUACCCUUAUAGAGUCUAUAAAGCAAAAGGAGUAUUCUCUAGAAGUUGCAGCUUUACCAUUUCAAACCAUGCUCUAGUUGCUUGGAAGAGGCUCUCUCUGUUAUAUCGCAACAAUGGGCCUGCUUUACCCUUGAUCAGUAAAAUUGCUGGUGCUGUGAGCCUCGCUUUGACACGAUCAAAUCUUAUUUCUCCUGGAGUCAUUGCCUUUAUAAUUGGGGAGCUUGUGUGGGCAGAGCGAGCAUGGGCAGAAGCAGAGCGCAUUCCACCGAGGAGUACUAUGUAUAUGAAUGCACAAGAUGGGCGUGUUUAUUUGACUUCAUUUCUUUUUUCAAUCCUAGAAGUUGUUAUUAUAAUUGUCAGAGCGAUCUAUCUAGCCAUGUUGUUCUGGCCUUGCAUAUCCAUGGCUCCCUUGGUAGAUACUCUAGGUGUGCAGUUCAGGAGAAGAUGGAUUCAGCUAGUCCAUUCUACAUUAGAGAAGGCCGGCCCUGCAUUUAUAAAAUGGGGUCAGUGGGCUGCAACAAGACCAGAUCUUUUUGCAAAAGAUCUUUGCGAUGAGCUGGCAGAACUCCAUACAAAAGCACCAUCUCACAGUUUCCCCUACACAAAGAAAACAAUUGAAAAGGCAUUCAGCCGCAAGCUGUAUGAGAUCUUUGAGUCGUUUGAGGAAGAACCUCUAGCAUCUGGAAGUGUAGCACAAGUUCACAAAGCAGUUCUAAAGUAUAGAUACCCUGGCCAGCAUAUGAAGCCAAUGGCGGUGGCUGUGAAGGUUCGGCAUCCUGGUGUUGGUGAGGCAAUAAGAAGGGACUUUGCGAUAAUUAAUUUUGUCGCUAAAGUGUCAAAGUUCAUUCCUGCUUUGAAAUGGAUGAGAUUGGAUGAGAGCCUACAGCAAUUUGCUGCUUUCAUGAUGUCCCAAGUCGAUCUUGCCAGGGAAGCAGCUCAUUUGAGCCGGUUUAUCUACAACUUCCGCAAAUGGAAGGAUGUCUCGUUCCCCAAGCCUCUUUAUCCCCUUGUGCACCCUGCUGUUCUGGUGGAAACUUUUGAACCAGGUGAAAGUGUUCUUCACUAUGUUGAGGAACUUAAAGGGCAUGAAGCAAUUAAAACUGCCCUUGCUCAUAUAGGAACACAUGCUCUUCUAAAGAUGCUCUUGGUUGACAAUUUUGUCCAUGCGGACAUGCAUCCUGGGAACAUUCUAGUUCGAGUAACUGGUAAUAAGUUGUCACAGAGGCAACCCUUUGGAUCAAGGCCUCAUGUCAUCUUCCUUGAUGUGGGAAUGACUGCUGAACUAUGCAAAAGAGACCGGAUAAAUUUGCUAGAAUUUUUUAAGGCUGUAGCUCUCCGAGAUGGUCGGACUGCAGCUGAAUACACACUCAGAUUGUCCAGAAAGCAAAGUUGCCCUGAUCCAAGAGCUUUUAUAAAGGAUGUAGAAAAGUCUUUCACUUAUUGGGGCUCCCAGGAAGCUAAUGAUGUUCAUCCAGCCGAUUGCAUGCAUCAACUACUUGAAAAUGUCAGGCGUCAUAGAGUCAAUAUUGAUGGCAAUGUUUGUACCGUGAUGGUAACAACAUUGGUUCUGGAGGGAUGGCAGCGCAAAUUGGAUCCAGAAUAUGAUGUUAUGAACACUUUGCAAACAUUGUUAUUUAAAGUCGAUUGGGCAGAGUCUCUCUUUUACACCAUUGAAGGUCUCAUGGCUCCAUAGAAGGUCGCAAUCUCCUCAUACAUUCUUCAGUGAAUAAAAGAAAGGCUGAUACUUAUUUUUUCAUUGAAUGAGCGCACUUCGCAUUUCUUUUCUAUCUCAUCGGGACUUUUCCUGUUGUACUGCUAGAACACAUGCCUAUCGGUGUAAUAGCAUUUUUGAGGUUGCAACUGUUGAGAA